GUCUAAUACUUAUGAUUACCUACCUUCAUUUUAUGCCUAAUGCAAGAUCCCAGUUCAAGUUUCGACCUCAAGGAUAAAAGUUGUGUCAGCAGAGAAGUUCCGAGUCGCUAAAUUAACCCAAAAUCUCCUUCAUAUUCAGAAAAUGUCAAACGGUUGCAAUGCACUUUGGACGGGUGAGGCUUCUGAGAUAGUCGAGCAUCUGCUCCAAGAAGUUAUUACCCAAAGAGAACUGGGAGGAGACAUUGAUGAUCCACUGACGGACAAGAUUAAACGAUGUCAUGAGAUCACAAGCGGACAAAACAUCUUUCUUUCCCAUGUCCUCCCACGUGAAUCUGAAAUCCAGAAAAAGAUUUCAUCCGCUACUUUGGCUGAUCCAAUUUUGAGAAGCGCAUCAUUCAUGCUAAGUGGACAUCUAGUCGGUGAACUACUAAAAAUGGUGGCAGAAAUGACGGGGGCUAAAACGAUCCUGGAGAUUGGAACCUUCACUGGUUAUUCUGCAGUCACUUUGGCAGAUACGUCUUUUUGUGAGGAAUUGGUUACUUUGGACAAUAAUCCUUAUUGUGAAGAGUUCCUUGAACGCCAGCUAAAAGGCACUCGGCUGGAAGAAAAGAUUCGUGUUGUGAUCGGACAUGCGCUUGACUCACUUCAGAAGCUUCGUGACGAAGGAAAGUCCUUUGACAUGGUCUUCAUUGAUUCAAAUAAAACCGAGUAUUUGGAUUACUACAAGUGCAUAUUGGAUAACAAUCUUCUCAACGCACGCGGAGUAAUUUUGUGUGACAACAUUAUGUGGGGCAGUGAUACCUUCAUGGACCAAUCCUCGCCCAUCGGGCGAGCACUUCAUCGUUUCGUUGAGUUUGUGAAGACGGACGACAGGGUUGACCAGAUGGUAUUCCCACUAAGAGACGGAGUUAUGCUCAUUAGGUCCAAGUAGCCGAGUAUUCAUUAGAUUGUAUACGAUAAGACAAGUGUACGAAAUCUUCACUAGAAGUAAAUUUCUUAAAUAGUAAUUGGAAAUUUAAGUUUCUUUAAACAUUACAAAUUUAUUCCAUUAUCGCAAUAAUUGUAUGAUUAGUAAAUUCUGGUCAAUAAUUCAACAUUCCUUUUGUAAAUUAAAUUUUACUUAACUUUAUACUUUAAAGAAAGUCACAUCAAGUAAAAAUAAGCAUAAAAUUCCCGUAGUAAAAUUCCAGAAAAUCCUUAAGAAGACAAUGUCUUUUGAACUCUAAAUAUUAUGCAAAAAAAGAGAGACGUAAAUAAAUACUAGUUUGCAAUGA